UGUAAGGCUGCAACAGUCUUUCACUCUGCACAAUAAAGGUUCAGGGUGAAACUUUUCCACGAGCAUCCUCCGGUUUGCUUGUUGUCCAGAAAAGCUGAAAAGACUCACGCAGCCCAGCGAGGAGACGCCAAAUUGUCGUGGAAUUUAGACAACACUCGCAGACUCGUCCUCUGAAGGUCAGAUCUUCACCGUGUCACACUGCUGAAGAGACAGACUGUGCCGUUACCUGCAGAUAGGAACAGAAAAAUGAGCACAGACAACGCACAUGUCUCGACAUCUUCAAUGAAGAGCUGUGGUCCAGACAGACCGGGUGACACGAACAACUGGUCCAUGUUGAAGCCUAACACAAGCCCUGCUCCUCUCAGCAUUGAGAUCGAUAUCAUGGAUCUUCUCAGCACGAGACUGAGUCUGGAUCAGCUCCAGACCAACUAUCACAAACUGGAGCUCCUCAAGAACUCUUCCUUCUACAUUAUGGUGAAAUACCAGGACUUACCUCAACUGGGCAUUUCCAACCCCACCCUUAUGCCCUUCAUUGAUCUAUCGAGGUUCCAGCGUGUGAAGAGGGACGGCAACAACCAGGUGAAGCUCCAGCUGGCGUUGCUCGAGAUGCUUUACACCGAGCUAACCAGGGGCCGAGAGGAACUGGAGGACAUAUUGGCUCAAAAAGGUGCCGCAUCCCUCAUGCUCAGAGAAGCUGCGAUCCAGGAGAAGAUCCUCAGGCUCCACCAGGUGGCUGAAGACUUUGAUGCAGUGUUGAUUCCCAGGAAGCUCCAUGUCAAACACAGCCUGAUCCCCGAGCGCGAAAGCAAAAGGUUGCCAAAGUUUCAGCUGGUGCUGGAGGUCAAGAAGCCUGUGAUGUUUAACAGAGAGCAAACCCAAGCCUUUUGCGAUUCAGUGGUUCUUUAUUGGUAUGUCACUGAACAGGAGCAAUAUGAACCGGAGGAAGAGUUCGAGAUCCAUUACAAACUCCUCAAUCCGACAAAUGACAACGAAGCCAAAGAGUUCGGCUUUGUGGCCCACCCAACUUACGCUAUUAAACUCACCGACCUGAAGCCAGAUCGCAGCUAUGAGUUCACCGUGAAGAGAUUGGAAGACACCAGUCUGGUUUAUAGUGUCUGGAAUGACACCAUCAUCCUCACGACCACCAGCAUGUAGUUAUAUAUACACUAUAGUUCUAAAUCUUAUAGUUAUAUAUCAUAUAGGUAUGUAUCUUAUAGUUAUAUAUCAUACAGUUUUAAAUCUUAAUUAUAUAUCUUAUAGUUUUAAAUCUUAUAGUUAUAUAUCGUAUAGAUAUUGUAUCGUUAUAGUUAUGUUAUAGUUGUUUCUCUAUUAUUAAAGUUUAUCUCACAGUUAUA